AUGACGGAGCUGGGCGAUGUGCUGACCUGCCGUCUUGUGGUAGAGGACGAGCGAAUGCGGCGCCAGCGCGAGGCGUUUGAGGAACAGCGGCAGUGGCUUCUUUCGAAACUUGUGUCCGUAUCCCACGACGAUGGCGGUGGCGAUGAUGAAAGGGAUGGGACGAGGCCGGAGAAGCGACAUGAGAAGCGGCCAUUGAGGCCUCGUAGCUCCCGUUGUACCGUCGGUGUGCCCGUCGAGGAGCGGCUGCUGGAAUACGGGAGGCAGAGAGAUGAACGGGUGGAGCGAGCACGCAGAAUUUGCCAGGAGGAGGCAGAGAUGGCGGAGGCAAAACUCCUCGAGAGGGCAGAGCCAAGGACGCAGAGAGGCACGCGUGCCAUUUCAUCCAGUACUUCGGAGACAUUGACGCGCAGGCGGGCUCAGAGGUACGAACGCCUCAUUGAGGAGUCCACCGCAGAACUGAAUUUUCAUCCCCGAAUAUCGAUUGAGUCUGCGCGUCUCGCGCGUGAACGGCGGUUAAAGGAGAAUAUCGCGGACUUGUCUGUCCAAGAGGCUCUGCUGCGCCGCAAGGCAAUGGCAGACGAGCAGCUGGAGAGAAAAAGAAACGAGAUGCAUGCCAUACGCGCGGCCCCGAUGAUAACCAAAAAAGCAAAGAAGUUGCUCCUUCCGUACACGGCUGUGGAGCGGCUUUAUUUGCACGCCAAGGAGAAGCAAAGCGAGGAAAGGGACACGAGGGAACGACUGCAGGAGGUGAUCGAGGAGAAUACGGAAUUCCCGUUUCAUCCGUCCAUUUCGGAAAGGGCUGAAAAGCUCCACAGAAGGCCAGGGAGACAUGCAUAUGAGGACUUGUAUGAACACGGGCUUCAACAGCAACAACAGAGACGUCUUGUGACUUCCGAGGAGGGUGCUGAGUUUCAUCCAAAUAUAAACCGAGUGAGUGAACUCAUUGCGGCGCGGAUGAACGAGUCCACGACUGAGCGCCUCCUGAAGCCCCGUCAAGCGAAUUGCGAAGAAACAGCCCCUAGAAAGUUGCUUUUGUGUCGUAAGGAUCUUGAUCGACGUUUUGAUCAACUAUACAUGGAUGGUGGCAAACGGGCCGCACGGCGGCGCUCCUUUUCAGAGGGAGAACGGGAGUUGGGACCGGAGUGCACAUUUGCCCCGAAGAUUAACGAGAGCCGCACCUCUGCAGACGGCGUGUCGGGGCUUCCACUGGAUGUACGCAUGCAUCUAUGGCAGGAGAGAAAGAAGCAAAGACUGAUGUUGAUUAGAAGGGAGGCGGAGAAAAUGGAGGAGGAAGAAGCUGUUGCUGCCAUGCCCAUUGCAUUCCGGCGUGGGACUCAGCCUUUGAUAGAGAGGAGCAGCACAUGCAGGCCAAUGUCGGUCUUGAAUGGUUCCACCACCCUCGCUCAGGAGUCACACUCAGCAAAAAGUGGAAUCAAAGCGCCAACUUCGGUGGGGUCCAUGGCAGAUGAAGAAACCAUUUUAAAGGCGCUUCAGGCACUCGAGAAUGCGGAGCGCGUGUCUCAGUACAUCAUGAGAGACUAG